UCAACCUCUGCGCCACUGGCAGGGCAAUGUCGCACCGCAGGUCAUGAUUUAUUCUUUAUCGCUUUGCCCUCCAUUGGUCGCCGGAUGUCUUUAAAUUCGCGUCCUUCCCUCAUUCUCUCUUUCUUCCCACCUGGAUAGUAUUCUUAAGUCGGCGGGGAGCCUCCUCGAGGACCACUUCUUAUCAGCUCCGACUCCAACAGCCGCUUCUCCAGAGCCCAGGAAGAUUCCUGAAGUCCGAGAAGUGUCCUCCGAACAUGGCAGUCCUACGAUAUAUAUUUAGUGUGCUCUGCAUAUAUCUUAUUGUUCCUUGGUCCGAUGCGCUGGCGCCGCGGUCGCAGGGCAUUCUUGCGCCCUUAUCUGCGAAUGGGGAGACCGUCCUCGACGAGACGGCCGUGUCACCAGAGUCUCCCUCCCUUGGUUCCUCGGACUCCUCGACCGACCCAGUCAAUUCGGCGCGGCACACGCAGCGGGAUCUGGCCAACGCUCUGAAGGUCAUGCAAGAUAAGUAUUUCGAGCUAUGGCAGGGAACAUGGCCAACGGCUAUCGACUGGACCGCUGCGGUCAUGGGCACGCAGGUUUCGGGCACGCUCUCGUCGCUGACCUCCGCCAUCGAAUACCUCCUGCCGUCGAACAUACCUGUCGAUACGAACAUAGACGUUAGAUAUACACCGGCAGUUGACCGACACGGUCAAGCUUUCGAGAACCUCGUCAAUCAUUUUUUCGACCAAACAACGGCCUUUUAUUUCGGCGAAGACGCAUUCGCCGUGAGAACGCAAGCAUUUGACGAUAUGCUGUGGGUGGUUUUAGAAUGGCUGGAAAGCAUCAAGUUACAGGAACUGCACUCGGAUCUGCACUACCGGGGACCGUCGAGCUUGGGGUCCAAUUCGAAGGGCAAACCCCAUUGGCAUGGGUUCCAAUACCAGAUUCCAGCAGCCCAUCGAUCCCGAUUGUUCUAUGGCCUUGCGUCUGAGGGAUGGGAUGUCUCUCUUUGUGGAGGUGGGAUGAUCUGGAGCCCGUAUCUAACUCCUUACAAGAAUGCCAUCACCAACGAGCUGUUUAUCUCCGCCAGUAUCGGAAUGUACCUUUACUUUCCCGGCGACCCUAUCGACUCGCCCUUCAUGGUGGAAACUGAGGAUGGCGAAGUCUGGUCGGAUGAAUACCCUCACAGUGAUGUUCAUCUACAGGCUGCCAUUGACGGGUACAAAUGGCUUAAUAACUCCAACAUGAUCGGACCCGGCGGGCUCUACGGAGACGGGUUUCACAUCAGCGGAUGGCAAGACACUAAGAAUCCCGGUACACGCAAGUGCGAUGUUCUCAACACGAUGGUAUAUACCUACAAUCAAGGUGUCAUCCUCAGUGGGCUCCGGGGUCUCUGGCUGGCUACCGAGUCACCAGAGUAUCUAGACGACGGGCACGAACUGGUCCGCAAAGUCCUUCGAGCCACGGGGUGGCCUAAUAAGUCCAGCAAGCAGUGGAAGGGUCUUGGCCGUGGAGGUGUUCUCGAGGAUGCUUGCGAUUCAUCCGGCAACUGUUCCCAGGAUGGACAAACGUUCAAAGGGAUCUUCUUUCACCAUCUAGCCGAGUUCUGCCGACCGGUUCGACCGCAAGAGUGGCGUUUUUUGGUCAGUGCCAACCGGGUGGCCGAGGAGGGAAGUGAUUGGGACAACGUAUACCAGUGGCACCAAGCACGAUGCCAGACCUAUGGACCUUGGGUCAAACAUAACGCGAAGGCUGCUCUCGUAACCCGAGAUCCCGACGGCAAAUUUGGAACCUGGUGGGGCAGGCCAUAUGGCGAGUCCGUGAAUGCCGCGACUUACGACAGUCCUCUCCCUGAAGGAGCGGUCGACUAUCGCAACAACGGCGACGACGCAGAAGGCUCCGAGCUGUUCCACGGCCGAUCAUCGGGUGGCGCCAAAGAUCAAUCCGGCGGGACUGAACAAACACCGUUGACCGAGUCUCCGGAUGCCACGGGCAUGCAGGCAAAGGAUGUCAAUGACCGAGGCCGUGGUCGUACGGUGGAAACGCAGUCCGGCGGAGUAGCGGUCCUCCGGGCGUUGUAUCAAUGGGAAAGCUUUCCCUCCUUGUCUGGAAAGAAUCACUGAUUCAAUCUCGACUGAUCACGACCGUUAUGUUGUAUAUAACAUCUGGGAGGUGUAUCUUUAUGAUUGGACGGCUGUAUUUUUGGAUCCGGGAGUCUUGGGGAUAUAUUUAUAGAUAUCUUUAGUUGGGCAGAAGACCGGCGCCAUUGGAGAUAACGCGCAUACGCAUACGAUCGAAUGGAUGGUCUCUAGCUGAAUCAUAAACCGAUGGUUGUCC